AUGCCCGCGGUCGGCUGUGGCAGAGCCGCGCACUACGUCCCGGCCAUACGCGCCGACAAGGGCAACGCAACCAAGUCGACACAACCGCUGCGGCGCGAGAGCUGCGCGGCUGUCACGGCCCAGCAGCGGCCAGGCAUGAAGCACCGCGCCCAUUCGGCGCCCAUUGUGCCCAAGGUGGCGGGCAAGGGCAGCGAUAGGGAGGCAAACCACGACCACGACCAUGACAGCGAGGACAAGGACGGCGACGAGAUUGCAGACGACGCCUUCUUCCAGCGCUACCACUUCCCCCAGCCCGAGGGCACCCAGGAGGAGCCCGAGCACAGCGGUGUAGAUUCGUCGAGCGACACCGAGGGCCCGCUCUCGCCCUCGCACAUGAAGCAGCGCCAGUCGACUGACGACGCACCCUCUGCGCCCUCGACGGGCUCGGCCAACAGCGACUCUGCGUUGACCAUGCAAGACAUCAAUAUCGCCAUCAUUGGCGGCCCCGCCACCGGCAAGUCAACCUUUAUACGGCGCGCCCUCGGCCUGAGCGACACAACAGCGUCAAGUAACUGCGUGCGCAAGUGGACGAUUGACGGCACCCCUUACAUGGUGCGCUUCCUCGAAAUGCCCAUGGACGACCUGCACGCAGGCGAACGCAACACCAUCGCGUGGCCGGCCACCAUACACGACAUCGCCACCCCGCGCAUGGACGCUGCCAUUGCCAUCUAUGAUGUCACGAACCAGGACAGCUUGUCCCAGGUCCCUGAAACGUUAAAUACCCUCUCCAAGGCACACCUUCCCUUUAUCCUCGCCGCCUGCAAAUGCGACCAGCACCCCGCCCACCGUGAAGUCGAUCCGACCGUGGUCGAGCAAAAGGCAAAGUCCUUCAUUGGCGAUAUCAACGUGUUUCAAACGUCGGAAUCCUCACCGGAGUCGCACCGAGCAUGCUUCUCGGUUAUCACACGUGCGGCGAUAGCGGCCAAGCGACCACAAUCCCAAGCGUCAAUGGCUCGCAGACGCGCCAAUUCCUCGGCGGUAAAAUCCAUCACCCAGAAGGAUAUGUGGAGAAAGCAUGAACGGGCCAGCUCCGAGAUUUCUGUCCGAUAUCAACGUGGUACCACUGAGGUCAAAGGCCACCGCUACAAACCGAGUGACGCAAAUAAGACCUUUUUCAACGCGGACGAGUCCCCUGGCUACGACUCCCAGGAUUCGGAUGGCCAGGACUCGGAUCACGCGCCGAGCAUCAUGUCGAUGCUGCCCUCGGACGAGAAUGGCUACACGUUCGAUCAGUUGGUCGACAGAUUAUUGGCGCAACCCAUGUCGAAAAAUGACUCCAAAUUCGUUGCCAUAUUCCUAGCGCUGUACCGGAGAUUUGCAACACCAGGCCAGCUACUGGAAGCCAUUCUGAAACGAUUCGAAGAGGCCAAUCUGGAAAAAGUGCUGCCCAUGAUUCGCAUCAUCGCACAGUUACGUUACCUUGCUGUCCUCCAACAAUGGGUAGCGUACUACCCUGGCGACUUUGCUUACCCCACCACACGCCGCCUGGUACGGAGGUUUGCUACAGGACUGGCAUCCAAUCGUGAAUUCUCAGUCGCUGCCACGGAGAUUCUGCGAGAUCUCGAAAUGGUCACCGAGGAUGAUGACACGGAUUGGGCUUGCAGCGAUCGUCAGCGAGCCCAAAGCGACCAACUCCCCUCCUUUCACAACAAUGUCCUGGACGAGUGCUCUGAUGACGACGAUUUCUCAAGAGCAAUCGGCCACAUGUCCAUGGGCUCGGAUCGUCUUUCGGUCGCUCGGAGUAGUGUGACAGGCGGAUCACUGUCAACUCACACCUCCGCCGGCUCAUCACAUGCCCUGCUCACACAGGUGGAGAGGAAUGAGCGGCUGGCUCGGCAACUAGAGCCCAAUCCCAUCAAGCCCCUGUCAAAAAUACAGUGGCAUCAACUGAUGAAUGAAUCCGACGAAGCGAUUGCUCGAGAGCUUACGAGAAUGGACUGGAUCAUGUUCUCCUCUGUCCGACCACGGGAUAUAAUACGACAUGUUACUCUGAGUGCGGAAGAGAAGAAGAAGUGCAAGAACUUGGAGAAUGUGACUCGAAUGACGGAACACUUCAACCACAUUGCUUACCUCGUCACAAAUUACGUCCUCAUGCGCGACAAACCGAAACACCGAGCCCUGAUGCUGGAAAAAUGGAUGAAGAUAGCUCGACAACUGCGGAAGCUCAACAAUUACAACUCCCUCGGCGCUGUUCUGGCAGGUAUCAAAGGCACGGCCGUGCAUCGUCUAUUAGCGACUCGCGACCUCAUUCCUCAAGCAACAGCCCAUGACUUCCUCAAACUCGACAUCCUCAUGGGCCCCCAAAAGUCCCAUUUCGCAUAUCGCUUAGCAUGGGAGAACAGUUCUGGCGAACGGAUACCGUAUAUCCCCCUCCAUCGUCGCGAUCUUGUUUCUGCUGCCGAAGGAAACUCGACUUUUGUUGGUGACAAGAGGAAGACAGACUCGGCAGUUGCCCCGCACCCCGGCGUCAACGUUUUUGAGCAUGUAGUGGGCAAAAGGGAUAGCAGGGAGCCGCCACCGAGUGGUGUAAAGGGCAAAGAAAGAAUCAAUUGGCGCAAGUUUGAGAUUAUGGGCGAAGUCAUUGUGGGCGUGCAGCGCGCGCAGGGCACGCCCUAUCCAAACUGGCAAAAAUGUGAGGAAGUGCGUAACUUGGUGUUGGAUGUCAAGGUCAACAAAGACGACGACGACCUCUACGAGCGUAGCACCCAUCUCGAAGCGCCCGGUGCCAACGAGAAAGGCAGAUUUGCCAAAUGGUUCCGAGAGCGUUAG